AUGAUGAUGUUACCAAUGAUGAUGAUGAGAGAACUUACGAUGGACUUCAAAGAAACAGGUUCGAAGAAAAAGGCAAGCUUGAAGUGCUUCUGUUCACUCUGCAAUCAGCAAUGCGAGCCAACUCAGCGUCUAUUUCCUCGUGAGGGCAAACUCAUUGAAGACAUAAAUAGAGCAUGGAACACUUUGGAAAAAGCCGAACAUGAACGUGAACUAGCACUGAAGGAAGAGUUGAUUCGUCAAGAGAAACUCAAACAGUUGGCUGCAAACAAGAAGCACGAAGCUAUUGAAACCGACAUCUUUGCUUACGAAGAGCGUGUUCAGGCAGUUGUUGCUUUGCAGAUCUUACUCAAUUCUUUGGAAGAGCUUGAAGCCGAGAACUUCCAUGGAAUCGAGGAGAUCAACCGGAAAGAGAAUCUGCUCAAGCUGUUGAAUUACCUCUUCCAGGUGAACAAGGAAAUCUUUCAUAAUGGGUGGGAGACAUUCGAUACGUAA